AUUUUAUAGUUAUUCCGAAUGUUGGAGCACUACAGUGCGUAGAUUGUAUGUAUCUGGAGGGUAAUGAGACGAGUGCCAUAGCCCUUAUGAACCGAGCUUUACAAGCUGACCCCCGCUGCAUGGACAGCCCGACCGCUAUAAAUGUCACCAGAAAUUGCAGUGAAGCAUGUAUCCAGUUCCAAGUUAGCAUGGUAACCGUGUACGAAUCGGUAAACAAAGCUGUGAACAUGACAAUUUACUUCCGGUCCUGCGCAGUGGAGCUCCUGGUGACCCCCGGAUGUCGGGAUAUGUCGAAUGAUGCGCAGAGUCCAUUGUUUCAGGAACUGAGUCACAAAGCUGUUUCGGACGUACAUAAACUGCUACCUAUAUUUCAGUAUUUCACUAUCGUGGACAUCCAGGGAAAAGAAUGCUUCUGCAAUGACGGUGAUAUGUGUAAUAAAGAUAUCAUUAAUUUGGGCCCACUCCCAACGGCCAUCCCCAGUGUGAGACCUGCGUUGAAUAUCAUCAUUCCUUGUGCUUCCGUGGGCAUCGUUAUCAUAGUUUCAGCACCAAUAGUUUUUAUCUGGGCACUACGGAAAGGCAUAAUUCUUAGAGUAAAGUUGACUGCAAGAACGAGAAAUUUUGAAGGCGAUAAUGAUUUGAAAGAAGGAGACGCCGAAGAUGAGUGGAGAGAAACCGGUGAAAUAAAAGGAUUCUACUAUCAUGCCUUUAUUUCGUACAAUGAGUACGCAAAAGAGGACAAAGCGUUUGUGAAAGGGAGGCUAAUACCAGAGUUGGAACGCCGUGGUUUUAGAAUAUAUAAACCUGACGAAAGGGUCGGGGAUAUUGCAAGACAAAAGGAAGACAUUGGCAUUGAAGCCAGCAGUCGGUUCAUCAUGAUCGUCUCACCGCGGUAUUUUGAAAUGGAAGGCGUGAAUGACCAAUGUGGAAGAGCAAGGAAAAAGCUAAACGACGACAAAAUAAGAAUAAUUCCAAUAAUUUUGGAAGAUUUCGACCGCAAACUGAAACAAAAUAAACAAUAUGCGUCUGUAAGAGAACUAAUGAAACAGCCGCGUUUUGAAAAACCCAAUGAAGACGCUAUGGAUAAGUUUUUUAAUGACAUCGUGGACUUCAUGCCAAUGCUUGAAAACCAAGCUGAAAGAGCUGAUAGAGACGGACUGCACCAAGAACAAAUUGAAUUAGAUGUUGAGAUUAAUGGCAACGGGGGCGAGUGAUAUUGAUAUAUCUUUGUCUAUGUUUGCAUCAAACAGGCUGUAUGUGGAACUGAAAAUCGGUUGCACAGAAUCGUUGAGAAAAGUUCUUAUUUCCCUGCCAAUGACAUAUACCACUUAUGUUACAACUAUACUUUUUAU